GAGUCUGGCAUCCGGGUGCCAACUCUACUGUGGAUGCGGGAUGACGGUGAGGGUGAGCUUGAAAAUCACGUGGCGUUCGAGGGCUGCAAGGGCAAGCUCGUGAAGACGCUGUGGGGCCGGCUGAAGGAGGAGGUCGAUCGCGACAUUGCCAAGAAGGUCUACCACGAGAUUCUUCGGGUGGAUCUCCGUUUAUCGUGGUCCUACCGCGCUCCAUAUUUCUUGACCUUGCUCACGAAUGACCAUGAAGCAUCCGGCUGCAGUGAUGACAACAGCACCUCGCGCUUCUGCCGCAACAUGCAGGAGCGCUACUACCCUGGCGACAUGAACCGAAGGCCGGGCCUCGUCCUCCUCGAGGAGUUCGAGGAUCCCAUGGUGCAGAUGAGGGUGGUGCCCUCGAGGCUCUAUCCAGGUAUCAAGCUGGAUUUCCAGGAGGCCAUGGCGGAGCGUGGUUACACCUGCCUUCGCUUCAAAGACGAAGUUCUGGUCUGCUGGAACUUAGACGACUUCGUACGACCGAACUUCGUCCAAUACGACGUCGGUUACGCAUUCUCGAAGAAGAAAGGAACGCCCACUAUGAAGUGCAUCUGGGGUGACAAAGGUGCUCAAGCUUGCAACGUCUGCUUCAGCGAGUUGAUCACGAAGCUGAAGCGUGGCGAGACGCUGGAAAGUCACGACCCGGCCUCGCUGGAGGAUAUGUCCAAGUAUGCCGCACACGAGGGCGCGAUGCUCCGGAUAAAGCACAAGCCCUCUGGGUCUUGGAUCAAUGUCGUGGCGCUACACCUUCAAACUCCGAGCACAGACUCGACGGGCGAGAUGCGCGCACACGAACUACAUCAGCUGAGAGGUCAGCUAGCCAUGUUCGCCAGCAAAGACGAGUAUAUCAUCAUGGGUGGAGAUUUCAACAUCAACCUCUCCCCACAGGGUUCCGACGGAAACGAGCGCUUCAUUUUCGAGGGAACCUUUCCGAACACGAGCAUGGUCUUGAAGGCCAUCAACGAAACCAGCUUCAAGACAGGCUUCGAAGUGCACCAGUAUGGCGACGUCCAGGGGGUCGCCUACAAGCUACAUGACCAAGAGCUUCUGGACGUCAUGGGCGAAAAUGACCAAGGUGGAUGCGUGAGUUCCAAGUUGGCUGCCACCACUCCCGAGCAGGGCGUUUAG